AUGUCUAGAAAUAUAGGGGAUUUUACUUUUAAUUCUAACGAAUGCAUUGGAUAAGGAACUCUAGGAAAAUUACAUAAAGGGAUCAAUAAAAAGAAUAACUAGGAAGUGGUCCUUCGAUUGUUGCAGAAAUCAUUAUUGAAAGAUGACAACAUAAUGUCAGCAGCUUUGACCGAAGAGAUGGCACUCAUGCAAAAGCUCAAGCAUCCCAAAAUAAACCCAAUAAUAGAAGUCAUUGAGUCCUAAACAUUUUUCUAUGUGGUUUGUCCUUAUCGAUAAUCUAAUUUACAAACUAUUAGAAUUCUGUAAAAGCAAAGAAAAUUGCCUGAAACGGAAACGAUCAAACUGAUCAACGAUCUCAUUGAUGGCUUUUCAGAAUUAAUUAAGCAAGGUAUAAUCCAUAGAGAUUUAAGACCUAGCAACAUCCUUUACGACAAUGGAUCAUAUAUUAUUUCAGACCCUGGCUUUGUUAAGACCAUCGAAAGUUUCAAAAAGGACAAUAAGACUAAACCCCAACAAUUUUAUUAUUCUGCACCACAGGUACUUGAAAAUAAAGCUAAAUAUUCAAAUAAAUGUGAUAUUUGGUCUUUGGGAGUUAUUGUUUAUGAAUGUCUUACUGGUGUUCUACCUUUUCAGGCUUCUAGCAUAGACGAGUAUUUAAAAUUUUGUCGAUCGAAAAAGUUUGAAAUUCAAUAGGGCUAAAUAUCUGGAGGGAUGAAAUCAUUUAUAGAAGGGUGUUUAGUUUACCAAGAAGAGAAAAGAUUUGAUUGGACUAAAGUGCUGUCUCAUCCAAUAAUCAAUGCCAAAUUGCAAAAUAAGAAUGAAGAUAUUGUUAAGGAUAAUAAGAAAUAUUUAAUGACUCAAAUAAGAUAGAAGAUAAUCAAAAAGAACCUAGAUUUGUAGGAUGUUUAUUAGAAAAUAGAUGCCAAUCAUAAUGGAUUACUAGAUUUUGAUGAAUUUACCACAUUUAUCAGUAUGAUUGACAAGAAAGUAACAAAAGAAGAUUGCUAUUACAUAUUCUAAUAGAUAGACAAGGAUGGAAGUAAUAGCAUCUCCUUUGAUGAGUUUAAAUUAUGGAUUAGUAGUAAUAAUACCAGAAUGGCAUUUUUUAAAAUUAACAAACCAGAUAAUUUAUAAAGCAAAAUAGCACAAUAACCUAAAACUAAUAAUUAACCAUUAGAUUUUGGAUAAUAAAAAUAGAAUCAAUUUAACUAAUAGACCCCCUAAUAGUAAUAAAUGAAUCCAUUUUAAUAGCCAGUUAAUUAUUAAUAAUAAUAAGUAUAGUAGUAAUAGUAGCAGCCAAUUGGUUAUUAAUAACCGUAAUAUUAAUAAUAGCCAAUAGGAUAUUAAUAACAAUAGAAUUAGUUUCCCAUUAACACCAAUUAGCCUCCAUAACAAUAAUUCUUUCCCCAACCUUAACCUUAGCCUUAAUUGUUUCCUUAAAAUUAAAUGAAAAGUUCAACAUCUAUUCCAGCAGGAGCAGGUUUUGGAAGAAGUGAUAAGCUUGAAAGAACAAUUCUAAUGAUUAGGAAUAUUAUAAAAUCAAAAUCAAUGGAUGUUUUGAGUCUAUUCUAAUAAUUUGAUUAUGAUAAGGACAACUUCUUAAAUUUCUAAGAAUUUAGUCAAUUAAUAUGGAGUUUAAAUGGUUAAUUAACAGUUGAAGAAAUGGCAGAUUUAUUCAAAGUGUUCAAUUUGAAUAGUGAUGAAUAUAUAUCAUUUGUUGAAUUCAGAUUAGUUGCAAGUAUGGCAAAUGAUAAAAAACAAAAUAUAUAAUAAGCACCAAUGUAUUAACCUAUUUAAUACAAUAAUAAUAAUUUUUAAUAAUUCCCACCUUAACCCAACAAUCAACCUUAAAAUAUGUAUUAAAAUCCAUAUCAAAAUCCAAAUUAACCAUAAAAUCCUCAAAUAAAAGGAGGCAAUUAACAGCCAGCUUAAAACCAUUAUCCAAUAAUGAAUGAUUAAUAUUAUUCGCCUUAAGCCCAACCAAAUAACUAUCCCUUUCAUUAAAUAGGCAACAACUAUAAUAAACCUUAAAAGAAAUAGAGUGAUGCCUCAUAGUUGGAUAUACUGAGUCUGAAAUAAGCGAAAAAGGAUAAAAAGAAAAUGGAAAGAGAGGACAGGGAAGCUAAAAAGAGACAAUAACAUUCAUAUUCCCCUAAGGAAGAAAAACCAAAGAAACCAGUGGAGCAACCACCAAGACCUCCUAUGUUAACAAAAUAAGAUAAAUAAUCAUCAAUCUUAGAAACACCUAAAUAUCCUACAGAAAAGAUUGGAUCUCAAAAUAAAAUACCUUCACCACACCCCUCACCUAGAUAAGAUAAAAGAAAGGUGGAGUAACCAACAGUAACGUAUGCUUAACCUAAAAAUUAAGAAGAGAAUUAGAAUAAGCCAAAGUCCCCACCUCAAAGUUGGUAUUAAAAUAGAUACACUACAGAUUACAAUUAUAAUACAAUAGGUUCUAAGUUGGAUCAAGAACUAGCUGAGAGUACCAACAUAAUACAAAACUCCUCAAUACCAAAUUUUAAUAAUAAACCCUAUAGGAAAGUGUUAGAUGAUAAGAUCGACAAGUUUUAUUAUUCACGUAGAUGA